UCACUCCGUCUCUGCAAUUCCCGCUAGGUAUAUAAGCGGCGUCCUCGAACCCUCUAUCUCUCUUCUUCCCCUGAUUUCAGUUUCCCAAUUGAGAGAAAAAGUAACGUUUUUUCGCUUUAUCCAGCUCGCUGUUUCGAGAAACUCGGUGUUUCAGUUAAUGGUAUUCUCUAUAUGGAUUUUCUCGGCUUGCCUACAUGUUGAUCUUUCAGUUUUAAGUUCAAACCCAAGUGUUGAAUUAAGAUCCCUACAACAAAUUGUUGAAAGCUCAAACAGAUCACAAAAUAUUGCACUCCAUUUGGUCCAAACAAGGGUCUCCUUAAUCAGUGACACUAUUUGUACAAGGAAUCAGAUUUUUCUUUCUCUUUGGCUGGUGAAGCAGGAAUUGUGUCUAUUGUGUGGAAAUUUGUAUUUUUAUACCUUUUGGAGCUCUCUUUUCUUUUUGUUUUUCUUUUUUAUCCUUUUGCUUGGUUCAUUUUUAGAGACAUUAAGGGGAUUGAGCAUAUUGAUAACUGAAAAUACUGGUCAGGCCUGGCUCUGGAGAGCUACUUAGACUCUGGCCACCAGGGGGCAGUGCCUGCCAUGGCACCUUCUCGUGUGGCUGGAGGGUUAGCCCAAUCUUCCUCAAGUUCAGGAAUUUUCUUCCAGGGGGAUGGGCAGUCUCAGGCUGUAGUUAACUCACACUUGACUUCAUCAUUCGGUAACUCAUCCAAUUCGAUUCCUGGAACUGGGCGUCCCAAUCUGGGUCCGGUUUCUGGGGACAUGAAUACUGCGGUUUUGAACAGUGUGGCAAACUCUGGACCAAGUGUUGGGGCAAGUUCCUUGGUGACAGAUGCAAAUUCAGCACUUUCAGGAGGUCCACAUUUGCAGCGAAGUGCGAGCAUCAAUACAGAGUCAUACAUGCGCUUGCCAGCAUCUCCCAUGUCUUUCUCAUCCAAUAAUAUAAGCAUUUCAGGAUCGUCAGUUGUUGAUGGGUCCUCUGUAGUUCAGCAGGGCAAUCAUCAAGACCCAAGUGCACAGCAAGUCCAGCAGAACCAGCAGCAGCAACAGGGGACUUCAAGUGCUACGUCCCUGCCCACAUCACAAAAUGCACAAGCUUCACUUCCCAUGGGGCCCCGAGCUCCUGGAACUUUCCUACAGGACCCUAAUAAUCUAUCGCAAGUACAAAAGAAGCCGAGAUUGGAUAUCAAACAGGAAGAUAUUCUGCAGCAGCAAGUUUUCCAACAACUGCUUCAGAGACCAGAUGCCAUGCAAUUGCAGGGCCGUAGUCCGCAUUUGCAAACCUUGCUUCAUCAGCAGAGAUUGAGGCAGGCGCAGCAGCAACAAAUUUUCCAAUCUAUGCCGCCACUGCAAAGAGCCCAUUUGCAGCAGCAGCAGCAGCAGAUGCAGAUGAGGCAGCAAAUGCAACAACAGGCCAUGCAGCCAGUCUCUGCCAUUAAGCGUCCGUAUGAUGGAGGUAUUUGCGCGCGUCGGUUGAUGCAAUAUCUGUAUCAUCAGCGACAGCGGCCAGCUGAGAAUUCUACUGCUUAUUGGAGGAAAUUUGUGGCAGAGUACUAUACACCUCGUGCAAAGAAAAGGUGGUGCUUGUCAUUAUAUGAUAAUGUUGGGCAUCAUGCUCUUGGCGUUUUCCCUCAGGCAGCUAUGGAGGCAUGGCAAUGUGACAUUUGUGGCUCUAAAUCUGGAAGAGGAUUUGAGGCCACUUUCGAAGUACUUCCUAGACUCAAUGAAAUCAAAUUUGGCAGUGGCGUCAUUGAUGAGCUAUUAUUUUUAGACUUGCCACGUGAAUGUAGAUUUCCAUCUGGAAUAAUGAUGCUAGAAUACGGAAAAGCAGUUCAAGAGAGUGUUUAUGAGCAACUUCGUGUUGUUCGUGAGGGUCAGCUUCGUAUCAUAUUCACGAAUGACUUGAAGAUUUUGUCUUGGGAAUUUUGUGCACGGCGUCAUGAAGAACUUCUCCCACGAAGGGUGGUCGCACCACAGGUGAAUCAGUUGGUUCAGGUUGCUCAAAAAUGUCAGAGCACUAUCGCUGAAAGUGGAUCCGAUGGGGUUUCUUCUCAGGACUUGCAAACAAAUAGCAGCAUGGUAUUGACUGCUGGACGGCAACUUGCCAAGACUUUAGAGUUACAGUCUCUAAAUGAUUUGGGAUUUUCCAAAAGAUAUGUUAGGUGUUUGCAGAUUUCUGAGGUCGUCAACAGCAUGAAGGAUCUGAUUGAUUUCUGCCGAGAAAACAAAGUUGGGCCAAUAGAGGGCUUGAAAAAUUAUCCUCGGCAAAGCACAGCGGCCAAGCUCCAGAUGCAAAAGAUGCAGGAGAUGGAGCAGCUAGCCAAUGUUCAGGGCCUGCCAACUGACCGGAACACUCUUAAUAAGUUGAUGGCAUUACACCCUGGCAUAAACAACCAGAUGAAUAACAAUCACAUGGUUAGUCGAGGGGCUUUAAGUGGUCCAGCACAGGCUGCGUUGGCACUGACUAACUACCAGAAUCUGCUCAUGAGGCAAAACUCAAUGAAUUCAAACUCCAGCUCUCUCCAACAAGAGCCUGCAUCGUCUUUUAAUAAUGCUAGUCAGAGCCCAUCUUCAAACUUCCAAGGACCUGCUGCUUUUGUACAAGGAUCCAUGCAAAACUUACCCACAAGUGGCUUUUCAAGUCCGCAAAUACCUCCACAACAGCCACAGCAGCUGCAGCAACGAAUGGUGAGUGCUAAUAGCUUACUGCAGCAAAACCAUCCACAGGCCUCUCAAGGCAACCAGGCAUUGCAACAGCAGAUGAUCCAGCAACUGCUGCAGGAGAUGUCUAAUAAUAGUGGAGGAGUGCAACAACAUUCUCUUGCCGGACAGAAUGGGAAUGGAAAUAUGGGAAGGAAUGGAAUGGGUUUUGGAAGCAACCCUUCGGCAGCACCUGCUGCCCCUGCUCCUGUAUCAGGAAGUGUUGCAGGAACUGCACCGAGCAGAAGCAACAGUUUCAAAGCUGCUUCAAACAGCGACUCUUCUACAGCUGGUGGCAACGGCGGUUUUAACCAUAAAGGGCCAGAUUUGCAUCAGAAUCUCCAUUUGCAGGACGAUAUUGUUCCAGAUAUUGCACACGAGUUCACUGAAAAUGGCUUUUUUAACAGUGACCUUGACGAUAACAUUGGUUAUGGUUGGAAGGCAUGACUAACAUGGUAUGGCCUAGUCAUUCCCUGUCAUUGAGUGAAUGUUUGGCCAUAGAUAUUUGUACAGAGUAUUAAAUAGCUGCUUUGCCCCACCCUCUCCUUGCUUUUCUAAUUUUCGAAUUUGUUGUGACAUCAUGGUGGCACUUGUAUUUCUAUAGGCUAAAGUUAGCUUUUUUUCUCUCUCUCUCUCUCUCUCUCUCUCUCUCUGUUUUUGUUUCUUUCUUCUCACCUCUUCUCUGAGAGUUUCUGUCAAGUCUUGCAAGUGUAAUCUAUUGGAGACUAAAACUUGGACAGUUAAUAUGAUAUUUUACCGAGUUUUGCAAUG